CGAAUUUUGAUUUAUCUUUUUAAUUAUUCAGAUAGUACAAUAUUAUACUAAUCAAAGACAAUACCUUCAAUGGCUAUGGAGGUGGGAUGGGAGGCGUAGAAGAACUCCCUCGCUCUUACCCGCAUCCUCCACCACCUCCUCCACCUCCUACACCGACAUGGCGGUACGAGGUGUUUCUCAGCUUUAGCGGUCAGGACACCCGCGACAACUUCACUGACCAUCUAUACACAGGUCUAGUUGAGAGGCGCAUUACGGCAUACAGAGAUGACAAAAACCUAGGAAGAGGAUGUUUCAUCAUCGAAACACUUUUUCGAGCAAUCGAAAGAUCUAGAACAUCGAUCAUCAUCUUCUCCAAGAAUUAUGCUGCAUCAAAAUGGUGCUUGUAUGAGCUUGUAAAGAUUGUUAAGUGUAACAAGCUUCUGGGACACAUGAUAUUUCCAGUUUUCUAUGAUGUAAGACCAGACCAUGUCGCUGAACAAACUGGUCCUUACAAGAAAAUCUUUAUAGAUCAUUACAAGAAUUUCAAGAAGCGAAGAGUUGACAAGUGGAGAAAUGCUCUUAAAACAGUUUGUGGUAUAAGUGGAUGGUACAAGCCAAAUUAUCGGUAAUGUGCUCUUUCCUCGAGGAGGAAAAGUGUUUCCACCUUUUUUUUUUUCCAGUGAAGCGUCAAAAAUACCCUCAUUUUAAUCAAAAAGUUGUUUUUGAUUAAUAAGGUACAUGGAAAAGAUAAAGUGGUUUAGAUAAAGGAUUAGAGAAGGCUUUGCUUAAGUCUCUAGUAAACAGAUCUUGCUCAUCGUUUGCUUCUCUUCAUUUAGGACAUACCAUUAGGCAAGAAUU